CGUUUCUCCAAAGAUCCUUCGUCUAUGUCACUUCGUCUGCCCGCCAUGAGCUUUCUUGGCAGCGCUCCACGGUGUGCUCAACAGUAUUUAAUUUCAAGCAUGUCGUCACGCCUGCAGCUUGAGUACAGGCGCACCUUCUUGACCGUGGAGUGGCCAGUUCCGGAGGAGCACCGAGUGCAGCGCAGUAAAUCUUCGCCCCCACUGAGCCGUCCGGUAUUGGAGUCCGCUGUCGAUGUGAAUGCAAGGGAAGCACGCCAACAGAAAGCCGUGGAAGUGUUGAGCCACCACUGCGGCUUUGAAGUAGCUGGAACUCGACGGACCUGUGGAUGCGUGCACGCGGAGUUUUGUGCGUGUGGCCAUCAGUGGAAGCUUGACCGCCGCCAACGACAAAUGCUUCGCAUCAUGUAUUUGGAUGAGGUCUACCAGCUUCUGAUCCGCCUGGUAGCUGCCCGAGCGGCGGACGCCGGGAUCCUUCCGCACUUCGCCGACGUGCUCGACUUUUUGGCCCAACAGAUCCGACAACCAGGGGUGCGGCUGCGCAGCCUUUCGCCGGCUCAGCAGAAGAAUUUGGCCAAGUACCUCUCGAAGCAGACCUGCGAACAGAUGCUGCUGGCGAACUUGACCACAGCUGGAGUCGAUUGGGGCCGGAGGUCUCAAGUCUCCCAGCGCUUAAAAGCCAUCCGGCAAGCGCUGAAAUGAGCCAAGAAUUCCAUGGUUUGCC